GAGACCUGCCUCCCUUUUCUGUUUGGUCUAUACGUACAUUCCAUCCCCCAAAGGGAAACAACUUGAGGUUAAUUAGGCAACUGGCAGGAUGACACUCGCAGUGGCAGAAGUCCAGCAGAACUCAUGAAAACGACUUCCUCGGAGGGGGCGAGGGCUGCUUGGCCCGGCUGCAGCAUCUUUCCCUUGCACUCCAUAACCCGCCGCACUCCGCAGAAACAAGCCAAGAACCCGCACCCUUCUGUUCUCGCUCCUGCUUUCCUCCGCUCCUAAGGAAUCCUGCUUUUGUUAUAUGGGAAGAGGGGGGUGGAAUUGCAACGCAGAAGAGUUUAGCAGAUAUAUUUGGAGAGGACACACACACACACACACACACUCCUGCAUAAGCAAGCUGACUGCCAAACCUGAAUUGCAGCAGCGAGAGCGGCUGAACAGCUAAGGCAGCUGCUGUUGAGUUUCAGUCUGCCUGUGGUGCAGGUUUUUCAAGUCACACACACACACACACACACACACACACACACACCUGCCUGUCACACACUCCCUCUCUCAUUCAUACACUCACACACAUGCAGAAAGGAGCUGUUUGAGGUUACCGCCUGCACAGGUACUUAAACAUUCUUGGAGGAUCUCGGCUGCUUAAAGAAGAUCCGGUCCUUCCCCAGCUCCCUGUUGCAAGCAAACUUGUGCCAAGAGAAGAUGUCCACCGAAACGGCAACCAGCCCCACAGAGGAACAGAUAGAGAUUCUGGAGUAUAACUUCAACAAAGUCAACAAGCACCCGGACCCAGCCACCCUUUGCCUCAUAGCUGCUGAAGCAGGACUGUCUGAGGAAGAGACUCUGAAAUGGUUCAAGAAGCGCCUUGCGGAGUGGAGGAGGUCAGAAGGGCUGCCUUCGGAGUGUGGGUCUGUCCGAGACUGACUUGAACUCUCCUUCCAGAGACAAUCCUAGAAAGCUGAUGGCGUCCAUCGAUUAAUUCAUGCUGCGGAACAUGUUGCUAUCAAAACUAAUUGUGUCUGUUAUUUAACCUGCUGCCUUAUUUAAAAUGUACAUAACCAAGGGGGGUAAAUAAUUAUAUAAAACCAUAUAUAUAUAUGCAAGUUGUAAUGUAUUCUUGUAUAGAAAUUAUAAAGGAAGAGCUGCAACUGCCGCUGGCUGCAGCUACUUUCAAAGUGGCAUGGAGUAGUUUAGGAUUAAUGUAAGAACAUUCGCCUUUAUUCGUGGCAAAGCUAAUAAUAUGAACGAGAAGACUUAGCAGGGGGGAAUGGUCUGUCCGUCGCCUGCCACCGGAUCUCAAAAAAUGAGCUCACUUGAAGAGCGCAAGAAAGCAGCAUUGAGAAAACCAACUGCAUUGGCAAAAAGUUGGGGUGCGAUUUCAGUGUGUAGGCAAUGAUGAAUGCAGAGAGGUAGCCUUGCAGGAAACCAAACUGAACACUGGGAGUUGUGUCGGCAGCAAGGGUUGGGUCAUGCCCACAUGCCCUGGGCACCAUGAAGACACCCUCCGCCACGGCACACUAGGGAAAAUGCCUGCAGCAGGACAUCUAGCCUCACUAGCCCCAGACAGGUGCAAACUGAUAAUUGAUAUCAAUGCAUCUGGGCUCACUAUUAGUCAGUGCAGCCAGAUUCUUCCGCCCCACUCGCCAGAUCCCUGGCCUUAAUUUGUUCGACGUUAGUCCACUAACCUUGAAUGGUUUGGUGUAAAGUGCCUAGCAUGCAGGUACGAACGCCCAUGCUGCCCAGUAUCAGGAUUGGAUCGUGCCCAUACUUCAUUUGAUGCCAGUGUUACUGAAUGAAAAUCUGUGCAUGCUUACGCCGUUGCCGCAUUUAUUUUAUUGUCUUCUGAAAGGGGUUCCCUCUAAGUUAAAAGGAGUAUUUCCCUCCAGAUGUGCGAAUAAAAAUGGAAGUUAAAUCAGA